AUGGCGGGCAUCAUCGGAUCGCGCAUGACUCGAAGCCAGAGCCGUGAGGCUAGCAACAAACCAAGCAAAGGGCGCAAUGCCGCAGGACAAUCUGGGCGAAAACGUAAGCAAUCUCCCCCGGCCUUCGAGACGAACAAUUUUAGCCUCGGCACUUCUGGGCUGAGUAACCUAGCCGAAGAGCCAUCGACUCCCGGCUUUGCUGCGUCCAACCAGAUGGUGCCGGAGUCACCUGAAAUCCAUGAAGGCCACACAAAUGUCUCUGGCACCACACUGGGCCACAAUGAUGUGGAACCCAUUGACUCGCAGGUUGGCAUGAAGAUUACGAACCACCUGUUCUUCAUCCAAGAACAAGCAAGCUUGGUCAUGAACCUCUUGGUUCCUCAGGAGCUGAACCCAGAUCUCAUUGCAGCUGAGGCCAAACGAUUUGAGAACCUUACUCACCCCAACGCUAAACGGCUGAAGCGAUCCUUCGAAGGAAUGAAUGAUGAGGUGAACGAUUCGCCUCUUUCUCUUAAUGGCAAGACAUUCUUGAACAUCCCACAAGUCCGCCGUCUGCUUUCUCCCACUCAAUUUGAAACAUCCAUCCCCAAUUUGCACAUGACAAAUUGUGCGCUCUUGGCUCUCAACAUUUUCUUUUCAAAAGGUGGGACCUGUCCCGAGCCACAAGUUAUUCAAGAGCUAGAUGCCGGUUUCCCCGUGUGUUUUAUGAACGAUGUUGCAGAAGAUUCCAAGUCUAGGGCCAUUGGCUCGAGCAACACUCAAGAUUCGACCUUCAACCUUGCCCUGAGUAUCAGAACGCAUUUCUUCAUCAUGGAACUGCAAAGGCGUCAGCAGGAGCCUGACUUCAACCCGUUCUCUAUCUUGAGGCAAAUAUUCUGCAUGGAUCUUAUCCCUAGUGAAGACAGCUUUCAAGAGAGUCCUGGCUCCUUCCGGGGCUUUAACUUGCCGGGGGUAUUCCAGGAUGAGGACUGCCAUCUUCCUGUAAACCUUCCCGAUAAGUUUCAGAUCGCUGUCAGUGACAGAUUCAAUGAGCUUCAUGAAGAAAUAUCUGAAUGGGAGGAUGAUUGUGAUGUGGUUGGCUUGAAGAAGGCAUACAGGUGGCGCUCAGUUGAACGCGAUCUUGCACGUUGGAUCCAUACGCGCAGCCGAGAGAUCAAGGAAGACAUCCGGCGCUUAUCAGAGAUACAAGCGCAGCAGUCCCCUGCGCGUCGCUUCACUCCAGCCCUAUUAGGAACCCCUAAUCGACGUGAAGCCUCAACUGUGCCUCUAAGCGCUGAACCUCCUCGACAGGUUCCUCCUAUUCAAAACGCCCAGUCUCCUCAAAAGGAACGCCCGGUAAAUGAAGCGAUUGAAAACAAUUCUCCUCCGCCGGCGAAUUCACCUCAAAAGGCAUCAGGGCCGGUUGUUGCCGAGCCAGUUCCCAAGGAUCCAGCCCGACGCAAGUCCAAGAGCAAUUACCGAGAUGCUUCUUCAUUCGCAGCUCUUAAGAGACGCAUGGAUAUCAGUCGUCAGCAAUCUUUUUCUAACGUCGCCUCGCACCCGCCUAAUAGGUCUGUGACUACAAACAUAGAAGAUCAAAGUAUGGAUGCCGGACCCUCUACUGGUCACAUCACCUCAGAGCCUCGCGAAAUUCAUGAAUCUCCCGACCCAAGCUACACAGAUCUUGCAGACGACUUCACAUACGUCAACAACGACGAGGAAUUGGAUCUCGGCCAGGAUCAUGAAGGUGGUGUCCUGGCAUCAACCAGCCCCUCGGCCUCCGCCAGAAUCAAUCGAGUCAGCCACAAUCCCAACUUGUACUUCGAUUCGCCGAAUAAUCAACGCUCACGGCAAGCUGCCGAGAGAAGCUCUCAUGCUAAUGACAGAUCCAAAGCUCAUCGCCGCUUAUUCAUUGAGAAGCAAAAGAAUGCUGGAAAGGUGUCCCCGAUCAGCUAUGCCGAUACCCAGAGCGCGGAAAGAAGACGUGAUGUGCCUCCGCAUGCAAAAUCCAACAAGCGACAGAAUCCCUUCAAUGAUUCGAGCGAUGACUCAGAUGAUACCUCGAGUGAUUUUGAACAAGAUACCCGCGAUACUGGCCGGAGGCCUGAAAAGCGACAACGCUUCCAAGGAGGUGCCAGGGGUGAAAGUGUAGGAAACCAACUUCAGUUGAGCCUCAAUGACGCCAGGCAAACAAGCCAGGGCCUACCAAAUUCUACACAUAUGCCUCGUGUGAAAGGCCGAGAGGACAGUGAAGAAGAUAUCACCGAUGGAGAGACUAUCGCCGAUCAAACGUCGCCCGCUCGCCGGCUGCCAUUCCAGACCCCUUCUACAGGAGCCGAUGAUAGCCACUGGGCGAAGGUCAAGGCCCGAGCCACGGAUCCCAGCCUUAAUAAACGGAAGCCCACCUCCCGGUGGUCAGAGAAAGAAGACGAGCGCCUCCUCAAGCUCAUGGGACUUUACGGCACGUCUUAUGCUCUUGUCAAGAAGGCAGACAGUACAUUUCCUGCGAGUGGUGGUGGGCCUCUUCUCGAGGAUCGCAGCCAGGUCCAGUGUAAAGACCGGGCUCGUAACCUUAAAAAGAAGUUCGAGAGAGAGGGCCAGGCAGUCCCAAAGUGUUUGGCCUCUAUCAAGGUCUAA